AUGCUGACAGAGAACCUGACAGAGAACCUGACAGAGAACCUGACAGAGAACCUGACAGAGAACCUGACAGAGGACCUGACAGAGAACCUGACAGAGGACCUGACAGAGAACCUGACAGAGAACCUGACAGAGAACCUGACAGAGAACCUGACAGAGAACCUGACAGAGAACCUGACAGAGGACCUGACAGAGGACCUGACAGAGAACCUGACAGAGAACCUGACAGAGGACCUGACAGAGAACCUGACAGAGGACCUGACAGAGAACCUGACAGAGGACCUGACAGAGAACCUGACAGAGGACCUGACAGAGAACCUGACAGAGGACCUGACAGAGGACCUGACAGAGAACCUGACAGAGAACCUGACAGAGGACCUGACAGAGAACCUGACAGAGAACCUGACAGAGAACCUGACAGAGAACCUGACAGAGAAACUGACAGAGGACCUGACAGAGAACCUGACAGAGAACCUGACAGAGGACCUGACAGAGAACCUGACAGAGAACCUGACAGAGGACCUGACAGAGAACCUGACAGAGGACCUGACAGAGAACCUGACAGAGGACCUGACAGAGAACCUGACAGAGGACCUGACAGAGAACCUGACAGAGAACCUGACAGAGAACCUGACAGAGAACCUGACAGAGGACCUGACAGAGGACCUGACAGAGGACCUGACAGAGAACCUGACAGAGAACCUGACAGAGGACCUGACAGAGGACCUGACAGAGAACCUGACAGAGAACCUGACAGAGAACCUGACAGAGGACCUGACAGAGGACCUGACAGAGAACCUGACAGAGAACCUACAGCUUUCAUAA